ACACUCCGCGAAAUAAGGACGACUCAGAGAAGCUAGAAGUUCGAUACAGAAGACUUAACCUACAUUGAUUAUAGCGCCACUAUUUUACGAUAAAACUAAACAUCACGCAAAAGAAGCUAGGUUGUGGAAAAGAAGAGAAGCAGCAGGAAUACUGAGUAAGCGGGAUACAUUGUAAAAUUGUAUCAAGCUUAUUCCAACCAUCUGGCUAUCGACAUCCAUUGCCGUCCGACCCCACUAGGACAGAAAGCAGAGUUCAUGUGUGAUAUAUACAGUCUGGAUUCCCAGUGCGUGUCUCCACAAUGCAACAUGAGUUGGGCGAUGGAGCCUACAAACUUCUACGACACCAAGCAGAGCAGCGGUCUCCAGGGGGUCUGCAAACCCGGGAGAGGUGAUACGGGUACAGGCGAUGACACCACCAUGGCCGAGCUAAGCACAGCCUCUGCAAUGUACGACGAUGAGAGUGCCAUUGACUUCAGCUCCUAUAUCGAGUCGAUGACUGCAGUACCACACCUGGAGCUCUGCAACGACGAACUUUUCCUUGACUUAUUCAACACUGUGAAGCAAGAGAAGGCAGACUUCUACAUGCCAACCUCAACUGCAUCGUCCAGCAACAUACAGCAGCUGUCAAGCUGUUCAACCAACGCAUACGUAGUCGAAAGCCAAAAAGAUUUCCAAAGGAAACUGGAUGGUGGAUUUGACAAGGGCGUGUUCAGUGCACCGGUAAAGCAGGAGUCGGACUGGAGUGACAGUGACAUGUCGUCGUCGUUACCUUCCCAGAUCGAAACCUGCGCACAGACCUCUGUGAGCCUUCCCAUGGGGCAACCAACUCCACCAACGACCCCAGAGCCCCGCUCAAGCCACUCCAGUCUCAGCUCAGCCCAGUCAUCUCCUCGGAAGGUCGGCAAGGAAAAGGGAAAAAAGAAUAUUGACAGGUACAGCCAAGAAUACCGCCAGAGACGCGAGAGGAAUAACGUCGCUGUGAGGAAAAGCAGGGACAAAGCUAAGCAACGAAACGUGGAAAUGCAGCAAAAGAUGCUUGAACUGGGUUCAGAGAAUGACAGAUUACACAAAACCAUCGAUCAGCUAACCCGUGAGCUCAAUGGGCUGAGGGACUUCUUCAAGCAGCUUCCCAAACAGAACUCCUCGUUUCUGGGGUCCACAGUUGGGGACGGCCGGUGACUAAAGUCACUUUCUCAUUAACUGAACUUUUGAAAUACAUACCUCAACAUAGACUUUUAUUACCAUCUGUAACAGAUGCAUUAUAAACAAGCUUACAUUUAUGGCACUGGAAAUAGUACUGGAAACGUAGGCCUACUCCCAUGUUGCUGCCAUAAUCCUUUGGGAAUUUUUUUUUUAUAUUAAAUUAUUUUACCAGUUCUAUUUACAUGUUGUUAUACCAGUUAUGGUACGUUUUAUAAUUAAAACAUUUGUAUAAGAGACAACGCAUGUUCAAAUUUUUAUGUAGUUUAUAUAAAAACAACUUGAAAUA